AUGAACGUCCACAUGCUUAUAGGCAUGCUGGUUAUGGUGGGCUUCUCAGCAGAAAAGGCUCCUGUUCCUGUUCCCGAAGUUCGGACCUGCCACUUCUGCCUCUUAGAAGACCCUGCUGUAGGUUGCAUUUCGGGCUCAGAGAAGUGCACAAUUAGCAGCUUAUCCCCAUGCAUGGUGAUCACUGUCUAUUAUGAUCUCAAGCCUCGCUUCAUCAUCCGAGCCUGUGGACAGUACAAUUCCUACCGCUGCCAAGAACAACAUAGCACCUACUUCUUGAAGUACUGGUACCACGCACAGUGCUGCCAGUACGAUUACUGCAACUCCUGGUCCAGCCCCCAGCUCCAGAGCCACCCGUCUGAACCCCCCGACAGGCCCCUGGCCCUGCCCCUGUCUGAGUCCCAGAUCCAACGGUUCUACCAAGCCCUGAACCUGUCCCUGCCCCUACCCAGCUUCCAUGCUGGGAUGGAGCCUGAAGGCCUGGACCCUCUGGCCACCCUGCCCCUGAGCCUAGGCUUGUCCAUUGCUGACCUGCGCCACACAUACCUGUUUCUCAACAGGUCAGGACUUUUGGUUCUUCCCCGGUCUUGGCCCUGA